AUCAACCAGCCCACCAAUCACAAAUGCCGGAAAGUUAACCAAUCAGGAACAGGGAAUUGAUUGGUCAAUGCUUGACCUGAGAUGGUGUGACCCCAGGUGACCUAUAUUGACCCCAAGCGACUUGGAUUGACCCAAGUGACCUGUAUUGACCCAAGGUGACCUAAAUUAACUCCAAGUGACCUGGACUGACCCAAGUGAUCUAUAUUGACCCCCAAGUGACCUGGAUUGACUCCGAGUGACCUGGAUUGACCCCCGAGUGACCUGGAUUGACCCCGAGUGACCUGGAUUGACCCCGAGUGACCUGGAUUGACCUGAGCCAAGAGACAGGUCAUAAGUGACUUAUGAACAUCCGCAGAUCAUUGCUGCUUCUUGCACGUCGUUGCUGCUCAACUAAGGGAAGCCAGUGUGAGCACAGCAGCAGCCACAACAGCAGCAGCAGCAGUGUGGGUGGGUGGUGUGGGCAUAGUAUGGGCGUGUGUGGGGUAGCCAGGGUGUGGAGUCACCUCACGGAUGGUGCUAGGAGGCUUGUUAGCCACUCUGGUGCUGCUUAUGUUGCUCCUUAAGCUACUACUAGGAAGUAAAUCAUCGCUGAGUCUGCCACCAGUAGUGGCGGACUAUGAGGACCACUUUGCCAUUGAUGUGGUGAUGGGCGUGGAGGGCGGAGUGAGCGAAGGAGGGUGGAGGGCAGCCGCCUGCACUCCGCACACCUCCACACCUCCAUUCCCCGUCAGGCUGCCCAAGUUUACUGCCUCCUCCAGCGCCAAGAAUGUCUUCUUCCUGGAGACCACCUGUGCUUCUGCUCUCAAUGCUAAGAUGGCUUGUGCGGUGGAGAGUGCGGCGCUGCAUCAUCCAGACCACCAGGUCCAUCUAGCACUAACAUCCACCCACGUGGGCGGUACAGAUGCUAUCAUCCACGCCCUUGCUGCCCACAACAAUGUUCAUAUCUCUGCGUUGGAUGUCGACGAUGUACUGGAGGGCACCGGGCGCCUGGGCACCUGGCUUCGAGGGAUGGAAUGGGCCAGGAGUGACUGGGCGGGGAUCAACCUGUCGGAUGCGUUGAGGCUGGGUGUAGUGUGUUCGGUGGGUGGUAUAUACCUGGACCUGGACAUGUGGGUGGUGGCUCCCUUACCCUCCAGUGAGGCCUGGAUAGGUCGUGAGCGCUGGGAUCACCUCUCCAAUGGUGCCUUCAAAAUCUCCAAGGAUCACUGGCUUUGUGUGGAGGCCAUCAGGGAGUUAACCGAGCACUUCCAGGGUAACAUCUGGGGCCACAAUGGUCCUGGGGUCUUCCAGAGGGUUGUUAGGAAAGCCUGCAACAUCCAGAACAUCAGUGAUGUGCAUCAGUGUAAAGAUCUU